GCACAAUAAAACUAAAACAUCUCUCUCAAUCAAGUGACAUUCUGAUUCUCGUUCUCAAAUCGCAUAUGCGCAGGUCUACUUUAACCCCUAUCGUGUGACGCUGGUCCGAACAGACCUCUCCAAAGAGUAUUAUAAUGAACGCCGAGUCUGAUUUAUUAAGCCUGCCAGAUGAUGCCCUAAUUCUAAUUCUGUGUUAUCUGGAAUUGCCAAUACAGCUAAGGUUGACACAAGUGCAUCCUCGGUUCUUGGAAGUAAUGCCCCAUGUCUGGCGGUCUUGCAAUAAAUCUUUAAAUCUUUCCCUGAUCGAAUUGCACCUGAGCGACAAGGAUCUUCGUUUCUUCCUGGAAAGCACUCAACGAUCUCUCAAUGCUUUACGAUUGAGGAUGGAAAAACAAUCAAACUUUGAUAUAUUUACUGAUUAUGUCUUUCCAAAUCUUAAAGAUUUUCGCUUCUCAACGCAUUCGUUUUCGUUAAGCGAUUCGGACCUACCCAAAAUGAUAAAUAGUUUACCUAAUUUGACGACAUUUAGUCCCCAUGGAAAGUUCACUGGCAAGCACUUGGUGGAUUUCCAGUUCCUGGAGAACCUUACGCUAUCCUAUUGCAGCAAAAUGAAGGUCGUCCAUUUGAUUGACAUCCUGAGAGCCAGAAGCUUAAAAAUUUUGAAACUGGCCAUUUUCGAUAUAAAUGACACCCAGAGCAUAGAGUUGCCUUGGGAAGGGAUCAAAAACCUAGAGCUGCUGCAGGGCUACAGCUGGGAAUUGGAGCGAUGGUUUUUCACAAAGUUGGAGCACCUCAAGCACUUGAAACAGAUUAUUCUAUGUGAUCAUGAUGACGAAGGUUUCCUUGAAAAAGUCCUGAUGUCUGCAAAGCGAAGUAGUAUCAAAAUGCUCGAGAUAAACGCCGGAAUGCCCUUAUUCUAUGUAAUUAAAAAGUUAAAUGUCCCGUGUAAGAUCAUGAAAGUGGCAGGCUAUCAUCUUUACUUAUAUGAUGGAUGCUUUGAAAAUAUAACCGAAUUGUAUUUAAAAAAUUGUCAUUUUCCUAAGGAGGCAAUCCUAGAAAUUAUAAUGCAACAAAUGAAGGCAUGUGAGAUACUGGGACUGGAGUGCUGCCAAUUUGGGUUUAAGCAUUUCACAUUUGUGGCACUGGAGAUCGGCUUCGGCCGUUGCUCAAAACUCAAUGUGUAUUUAAGUGAAAACAUAUACCAAAGUAAUAAUUUCAUGGACAACGAUAUGGAGAUGAAAUGGAUUGUGGAAGGCGAACACAAGUUUUUCCAACUGCACAUGGAUCACCCAAAAAUCACCUCCUAUUCCCAUCCACUUUCAAUAUAUUUCGACUGAGAUUGCAGUUUCAAAUUUGUAGCAUGUAUUCAAGAUCUCAAGUGAUAAUAUUCAUUAAAGACAUUUCUGUGGUCAGCAUUUGAGUUGAAUAAAUCUAAGCUUGGCGACAUUCCUGAUUA